AUGCUGCAGUACCACCCCGGGCCUGUGGGGGUGGACCCUGACAUGCUGCAGUACCACCCCGGGCCUGUGGGGGUGGACCCUGACAUGCUGCAGUACCACCCCGGGCCUGUGGGGGUGGACCCUGACAUGCUGCAGUACCACCCCGGGCCUGUGGGGGUGGACCCUGACAUGCUGCAGUACCACCCCGGGCCUGUGGGGGUGGACCCUGACAUGCUGCAGUACCACCCCGGGCCUGUGGGGGUGGACCCUGACAUGCUGCAGUACCACCCCGGGCCUGUGGGGGUGGACCCUGACAUGCUGCAGUACCACCCCGGGCCUGUGGGGGUGGACCCGGAAUAA